AUGGCGACCGAGGGACACCCCUGCUAUUCACGCCUUCCUCACACCUCCGCUGAGACGCGGCAGUGCAUGAGCUCACUACGUCGCAACCCUUGUUGGCGCCUCGUCGACCGCGUCCGACUGGAGUACUAUCGCUACGAGGUCACUUUCGGAUUGUACGUAAUGACCCCUCGUGAAAAGUUCGUGGUCAACAGCGUUGUCUCCGUCUGCAUCGCUCUCCUCCUCUGGGCUCUCCUCCAAUAUUUCCCAUCCCUCCUGCACCGAAAAGUCGUCAGCGCCCUCCUGAUCGUCGAGGGAUAA